AUGAAAUCUUGGUUCGAUAAAUGGGUCAAUAGCACGACAAGUUUUCUCAGAGAACAACUUGGAAGUUUAAUUGGACUCGAGUCUCAUAUCUUGCCUGGUAAAUUCUUCCUUUUGGGGGGAGCUAGCAACUUCUCGCUUUUACACAAAGGAAUCAAAGAAUUUCUUCAUGUCACUAUUCCUCAAGAUCUUGAUAUAGUUGACUUGGGUACUUGCAAUUGGCUGGCAUUCAUCAUUCUUGAAUCAAGAUAUCAAUAUCUGACUAUGAACAGCGCAAUGAUAGUCUCUUACGGGGCCAUGCUUCAGGCACUAAAGCCUACCAAUUCCUUUACGAAAAGCCAUCACUGGAUUGGCAUUCGCAAAGAGGAACCAUACCGCAAGCGUAUUCACGUCUCUCCGCUUGACAAAGAUGAUAUCCUGGCUAAGAGUAAUGGUGCUGGGGAAAGCAAAUAUGAUCAAGCCAAAACCAUUCAAUGGUUGGUUAAACCGAUGCUUGCAACAUUGCUGAUUCUCUUUAGCAGUCCGGCUUUCAUCUUUAUGGAAGAGAUUUUCGAUGAGGUUGGAUUAGUGGAAGACCCAUGCGCGGCAGAUAUGGAGGACGGUGCUGGAAAGCAAGGAUGGUCUUUUGAGAGUCAAAUUCCUGCAGAUGCGAAAGUUUAUAAUUUCGAAUGGGAUUCCUAUCUUGAUAAAGAAGAUUCGCUUUUCUACAUCAAACAAAUACCUUCGCUCAAGUCAUAUUACACCAUCAAUUGGGCAAUCCUUACCGAAAUAACAGGCAUUGGUAUGGAUAUUUGGUUUCUGUUCCAUUCAGACGGUCGAACCAUGAGUAAGACCGACAAAACUCAAUCCCUCCGUUGGGAAGAAAUUCAAAAAAUUCCAUUUGGGGAUCUCGUUAACGUGGUCCAAAAAGAAUACGAUGAUGACCUUAAGGGCGAAGAUGGAAGGAAAGAUCAAGCGUGA